GCCCCUACGGCAGACGCGGCCGGGGCUUCAUGGGAAGCGGCCGCCAGGCUCGGGCCUGGCGUCGCUGACCCCGCUCGCGCCCCGCGCAGCCCCGGCCGGAGCGAGCGGCCUUCUGGAGAAUUACUGUUGCUUUGUGACACACUCGUGUUGGAUUUAAUACAUAUAUCCUGAUAAAAGACUGCUUUCAGCUAUGGAAUCGACGGUUGAUGAUGAAGCGAUGGCAGCAUAAAUGAAGAUCAAGUAAGGAAAGCAGAACGAUGCCCAAGGGUGGGUGUUCUAAAGCACCACAGUUAGAAGAUUUCUCUCUCAGCAACGACAUGGUGGAGAAACAAACUGGGAAAAAGGAUAAAGAUAAAGUUUCUCUAACCAAGACUCCAAAAUUGGACCGGAGUGAUGGAGGGAAAGAAGUAAAAGAAAGAGCUACAAAACGGAAGUUGCCCUUCACAGUUGGAACAAAUGGAGAUCAAAAAGACUCAGAUACAGAAAAGCAGGGUCCUGAGCGGAAGAGGAUUAAAAAGGAGCCCGCCACCAGGAAACCUGGUUUACUGUUUGGAAUGGGGCUAUCUGGAAUUAGAGCAGGUUAUCCACUGUCAGAGCGCCAGCAGGUCGCCCUUCUCAUGCAGAUGACAGCAGAAGAGUCUGCAAACAGUCCAGUAGACACAACACCAAAGCAUCCCUCUCAGUCUACAGUUUGUCAGAAGGGAACUCCUAACUCUGCCUCCAAAACCAAAGAUAAAGUAAAUAAGAGAAAUGAGCGUGGAGAAACUCGACUGCAUCGAGCUGCCAUCAGAGGAGAUGCCCGGCGCAUCAAAGAGCUCAUCAAUGAGGGAGCCGAUGUCAACGUGAAAGACUUUGCAGGCUGGACAGCAUUGCACGAGGCAUGUAACCGAGGUUAUUAUGAUGUUGCAAAGCAGUUGCUUGCUGCAGGUGCUGAAGUCAAUACAAAGGGGUUGGAUGAUGACACCCCAUUGCACGAUGCAGCCAAUAAUGGUCACUACAAGGUGGUGAAGUUACUAUUGCGAUAUGGAGGGAAUCCUCAUCAGAGUAACAGGAAGGGAGAGACGCCUUUGAAAGUAGCCAAUUCUCCAACAAUGGUGAAUCUCCUUCUGGGGAAGGGUACCUAUACCUCCAGUGAAGAGAGCUCAACAGAGAGUUCAGAAGAAGAAGAUGCCCCAUCCUUUGCACCUUCUAGUUCAGUUGAUGGCAAUAACACGGACUCUGAAUUUGAAAAAGGCCUGAAGCAUAAGGCCAAGAAUCAAGAGCCACCAAAAACAGUUACUCCUGUGAAGGAUGAAUAUGAAUUUGAUGAGGAUGAUGAACAAGACAGAGUUCCUCCAGUUGAUGAUAAGCAUUUAUUGAAAAAGGAUUACAGAAAAGAAACUAAAUCAAAUAGUUUUAUAUCAAUUCCCAAAAUGGAAGUUAAAACAUAUACUAAAAAUAACACAAUUGCACCAAAGAAAGCUGCCCAUCGCAUCCUUUCAGACACCUCAGAUGAAGAGGAUGCAAGUGUCACUGUGGGCACUGGAGAGAAGCUAAGACUUUCAGCUCAUUCUGUAUUGCCCAGUAACAAGACACGAGAGUCAUCUAACAUCAAACAACAGAAAGAGAAAAGUAAAGUUAAAAAGAAACGAAAGAAAGAGACAAAAGGCAAGGAGGUUCGAUUUGGCAAAAAAAAUGACAAGUUUUGCUCUUCAGAGUCAGAGAGUGAGAAUUUGGAGAGUGAUGAGGAUGAUAGAGACUCUGUUGAAAGCUCUAAUUGUAUCAAGGACUCCACUAUCGUGCUAAAGGAGCCCUCACUUUUCAGCUCACUUUCUGCCUCAUCUACUUCUUCUCAUGGAAGUUUAGCAUCACAGAAACAUAACUCGAAUCUUGCCGAACAGCACUCCAAGCACUGGAGAACGGAUAAUUGGAAAACCAUUUCUUCUCCAGCUUGGUCAGAUGUCAGUUCCUUAUCAGACUCUACAAGGACAAGACUGACAAGUGAGUCUGAUUAUACAUCUGAAGACUCCAGCUUGGCAUCAUUAAAACCAGUUAGAAAGAAACAGGAACACAAAAAGAAAAAUACUCCUCAUAAUACCGUAUCUGAAAAGAAGAAUUCAUUCCAUUCCAAUGUGGAUGGAGCAAUUCCAAAACUAGAUAAAGAGGGCAAAGUUGUUAAAAAGCAUAAAACAAAACAUAAACACAAAAACAAAGAUAAAGGACAGUGUUCAAACAAUCAAGAUAUUAAAAUGAAAAGCUUUCCUUAUGAUUAUGAGGACUCUAAGCAGAAGUCAGAUAAGACCUUAAUUGUUGAUAGUGAAAAUCCAAUUGAAAACAAAUUAAAAGUAUUAAAGCAUGAUAGAGAACAUUUCAAGAAAGAAGAGAAAAUAAUCAAAACUAAAUCUGAGGAAAAGGAAUGGUUGUUUAAAGAUGAGAUCAUAAAAGUUUCCAAAGAAGAAAAGUCACUAAAAAGAGUCAAAGAGGGGAACAAAGAACUCAGUAAAGCUUUCAGAGAGGAGAAAGACCGAUCGAGUAAAACUGAAAAGGAAAAAUCAUUAAAGGAAAAGUCUCCAAAAGAGGAAAAACUUAGAAUUCACAAGGAAGAACGAAAGAAAAAAUCAAAAGACAAACAAUCAAAGUCAGAGAAGAAGAAUGACUUAAAGGAGGAGAAAAUGUCCAAAUCUGAGAAAGAAAAGACUUUUAAAGAAGAUAAAGAAAAAUUUAAAAAAGAAAAAGUUUAUAGGGAAGAAUCUGGUUUUGAUGAAUUUUGUAAUAAAAGUCAGUUUUUAGAGAAUGAAGAUAGCAAAUUCAGCCUUUCUGAUGAUCAACAAGAGAGGUGGUUUUCUGAUUUAUCUGACUCAUCAUUUGAUUUCAAAGGGGAAGAUAGUUGGGAUUCUCCAGUGACAGACUAUAGGGAGAUAAAAAAUGACUCAGUAGCAAAGCUAAUCUUGGAGACAGUGAAGGAGGAAACAAAGGAAAAGAAGAGGGAUAACAAAAAUAAAGAAAAGAGAGAAUAUAAUGAAAAACGUAAUGAAAAAGACUCUUUCUUUAAAAAGAAAGAUAGAGACUAUUUGGACAAAACCUCUGAAAAAAAGAAAGACCCAACUGAGAAACACAAAAGUAUUCCCAGUUACUUGUCAGAAAAGGAGAAAAGGAGGAAAGAUUCCGCAGAUGGCAUUAAAGAUCGGAAAGAAAAAGAUAUGGGUGAUAGCUGCAAAGAGAGAAAAGAUUCAUUUGAUAGUUCUAAAGACAGGAAAGAUGCCAAGGUUAAACAAGAGGAAACGUAUAGAGAUGACCUUAAAGAAUAUGGGUGUGAGAAUUUUUUUAAGGACAAAUUAGAUUCAGAAUUUGGAAAAAAUUUAGAAACUUGGGAAAGACAUCAUUCAGGGAAAGAAAAGGAUAAAAAAGAUACUGGUGACAAGGACAAAAAAGAGAAGCUGAAAUCAGAGAAAUAUAAAGAAAAAUCUAAAGAAAUAGACAAAGAAAAAAAUGAAAAAUCCAUCCUGGAAAAAAAUCAGAAAGACAAAGAAUUGGAUAAAUGUUUUAAAGAGAAAAAAGAGACAAAGGAAAAAUAUAAGGAUUUGCACAACAAAGACAAAGAAAGGAAGUCUUCCCUUGAUCAAAUUAAAGAAAAGAAAGACAAAAAUUUCUCAGGAUCCAUCUCAGAGGAUUUUGCUGAAAAAAGAGAUGAAAAAAAGACUAAAGACAAAAGCUGGUACAUUGCAGAUAUUUUCACAGAUGAAAGUGAAGACGAAAAAGAGGAGUAUAAUACCAGUGGAUUCAAAAUUGGGGAUACUAUUGGCAGUGAAGUGCCAAGAGUGGAGAAUGUACAAGAAAAAGAUGAGGAUAAAGAACCUUAUACCUCAGAGAAACAUCGGAAAUAUUCUUCUGAUAAGCAGCACUCUGGAGAUAAGCAGAAAGAUAAAGAAUCCAAGGAGAAGAAAAAGGAAAAGGGAUUAAUAGAAGGAGGAAAAGAUAAAAAAGAAAAAAACUUUGAAAAACACAAAGAGAAGAAAGACAAAGAUUCUAUUGAAAAAUAUAAGGAUAGGAAAGAUAGAACUUCUAUUGACUCUAUUCAAGAAAAGAAAAGUAAACAAAAAAUUCCUGAAAAGGUGGAAAGGAAACACUCCACUGAUGACAAGGUUAAAAACAAACAUAAAGAAAAGUCAGAUAAAGAACAUUCCAAAGAGAGAAAAUCUUCAAAGGGGGGUGAUAUGGAAAAAAGCUUGUUAGAGAAGUUGGAGGAAGAAGCUCUCAAUGAAUAUAGAGAUGACUCCAAUGAUAAGAUAAGUGAACUCUCAUCUGAUAGCUUUACAGACCGAGGGCAGGAUCCAGGCAUGAACAGUCUUCUUGAAUCAUCAUUCACAGAACCUGCUGAGGAGAAGUUCAAGGAUGCUAUAUCCUUUCCUUCCCUACAAGACAAAUUGAAAGAAAAAGAGCGACAUAGGCAUUCCUCAUCUUCAUCAAAGAAAAGUCAUGAAAGGGAAAAAGCCAAGAAAGAGAAAUCUGAGAAAAAAGAAAAAGGUGAUGAUUUUAAGGAUAGUAGAAAAGAAUCAGCACAGUAUGAAAAAGACUUCUCCUUGGAUGGUGAUGCUUUUGGCAUGUCAUAUAACAUGAAAGCUGAUGUAGAAGAUGAAUUAGACAAAACUAUUGAAUUUUUCUCAACUGAAAAGAAAGACAAAAAUGAUUCUGAGAGGGAACUUUCCAAGAAGUCAGAAAAGGAAAAAGUUUACACUUCAAAUUCCAUCAGUACAACUAAAGACAAGAAGAAAAGAGAUAAGCAUCGAGAAAAAUGGAAAGAUGAAAAAGAGAAACACAGAGAAAAACACACAGAUGGAUUUUUUAAGCAUCACAAGGAUGAACAGAAGUCUGUGAAUAAAGAGAAAGACAGUUCUCAAGUGAAUGCUUUCAAAGAUAAAUCAAAGGAUGAAAGUAUCAAGCUCAGUGAAAGCAGAUUAAAAGAGAAGGAAAAAUCUGACUCAUUGAAGAUCAGUAAUGGAAAUGACAAAAUUCCACCAUCCAAAGACACAGCAAAGAAGGACACCAGGCCCAGAGAAAAACUUCUAGGAGAUGGUGACCUGAUGAUGACAAGUUUUGAGAGAAUGCUGUGCCAAAAGGACCUGGAGAUAGAAGAGCGUCACAAGAGGCACAAGGAACGAAUGAAGCAGAUGGAGAAGAUGAGACACAGGUCUGGGGACCCUAAACUGAAGGAUAAAGUGAAGUCCUCUGAAGAGGUGAGGAAGAGGAGCCUCGAUCUGCCUUCUAAAAAACCACCUGGACAGGACUCUCAGCUUAAAGAGAAAAAGAUGAAGGAGCUUGGGCCGCUGACUCCUGGGCCAUCAACAGAAAGCAAACCCCACCCCGCAGUGGGCACUGACUCUAAAGACUGGCUGGCUGGUCCCCACAUGAAAGAAAUCCUGCCUGCUUCUCCCCGACCAGACCAGAGCCGCCCCACUGGGGUUCCUGCUCCGGCCUCAGUGGUUUCUUGUCCUAGUUAUGAGGAAGUGAUGCAGACUCCUAGAACACCUUCGUGCAGUAAUGAAGAUUACACUGAUUUAAUGUUUGACUGCGCUGAUUCCCAGCAUUCUAUUCCUGUCUCCACCAUGUCCAUGAAUGCAUGCUCACCAUCCUUUUUUGACAGAUACACGAAUACUUCUGGUGGGCUUCCAGAAAACCCAAAUCAAACUCCCACAAGGACUCUCCCUACAAACCUUUAUCGUUCAAUCUCUGUUGAUAUCAGGAGAACCCCUGAAGAGGAAUUCACUGUUGGGGAUAAGUUUUUCAGACAGCAAAGUGUACCUGCUACAUCAAAUUAUGAUUCACCUGUGCAGCAUUUAAUGGAAGAAAAGGUUCCUUUACCAUCUGUUCCUGCAGAAAAGUUUCCAUGUUUGUCUCCUGGAUACUAUUCUCCAGAUUAUGGGAUUCCUUCACCCAAAGUUGAAACAUUACAUUGUACUCCAGGGGCUAUUGGAAAUGUUGCCCCAUCUCCUGAAAGUGUUUUCUCUGGUUUGCAAGCAAAAUCCUCUCCUUCUCAUAGAGAUGAGCUUUUAGCCCCAUCUAUAGAAAGUGCUCUUCCCCCUGAUUUGGGCAUCCCAUUGGAUGCCACAGAAGACCAACAAGCAACUGCUGCUAUUAUUCCACCAGAGCCUAGCUAUCUGCAGCCAAUUGAAGAGGGCCCCUUUAAUGCUGUUAUAUCAGAAGAGGAUAAUGCAGAUUGGGCAAACCCUCCCAGAAACUCAGAGCAACCUAUUACUCAGAGUUUAAUUGGAACUUCCUCUGAAACCCCUGUUAAUUGGACUGUUGGAUCUGAACUUCUGAUUAAGUCCCCACAGAGAUUUCCAGAGUCUCCCAAACCUUUCUGUUCUACAGAUCCCAUACAUCCAGCUCCUGUACCCUUUAUACCUUCUGAUUCUCCUUACCCAGUUUCUCCUAUUUCAUACCCCUUGUCUGUGUCUGAAUCAGGCCUUAAUGAUGUAAAGGAAGUUGCUGAAGAAGCAAUUCCAGGAGAAAUAACAACAUCAGAGGAACAGACUUCUUACAUGCCUCCUUCUAGAUUAGACUCGUUCUUUACUAACUGUAAGCCUCUUCCAGAAGAAACUCCUGAAAUCGUUCAAGAAUCCACAUGCAUACCAGCCGUAACUCAGGUUGAAGCUCUGGGCUCCCUGGAAAACAACUUUUUGGAAAAUAACAUUUCUGUCAUAAAUCAAGAAGAACCAGUGGCGUGGCCUGAUCCUUUUACCAACACAGAAGAUGACUUAGAUCUGGGUCCCUUCUCUUUACCAGAACUUCCACUGCAAAAUAAAGAUGUCCCAGAUGCUGAAAUGACUGAAGCAGAACCUAUGGGAGACAGUACUGUUGUUGCCUCAGAAAGUACAAAUCCUGGAGAUCCGGGAGUCUUCAGUGGGAAUCUUUCUUUAUUGGCUGCAGAAGAGCAAGAGGAGCUACCCACUAGCCAGGCAGCUGCCCUCCUGCCUGGGGUGCCAGGGCCAGAACCAGAGGAACCGAAGCCAGAAGCUCUUUGUGUGGAGGCUGCUGCGGAAGCAGGGAGCGUGCCUGAGGAGAAGUCUGAACAGUUAGAAACCCACUCUUUUCCACCAGCGGCCUCGGCUGAACUUCCUCCUCAGACAGGUGACCAGGAAAGAGAAACAAAUCUUGAAGACUCCUUUGUAACAAACUGUGGUCUGGAGAGCUGUGCUGAGAAGAACUUGGCCCAAGCCGGUGUCGAUGGUGCGGGCACUCAAGAGGAAGUCAUAGGAAGCACCGUCAGUCAGACAGGUUCUUCUCUGGUAGAACUGCCCCAAGGCAACACACAGUCAGAAGCUGCUGAGUCUGUACCUAAACCAGUACCUGAAGUUCCAAAACCUCCCAAAGUUGAAGAAAUUCCUCAACGAAUCACCAGGAACCGUGCUCAAAUGCUAGCUAAUCAAAAUAAACAAAACACCUCCCCCUCGGAAAAAGAAUUUCCACCAGUUUCGACUCCUUCUACAAGAGCAAAGGGGCGAGUCACAGAAGAAGAAGAUUCUCAAGCCCAACACCCCCGCAAACGUCGUUUCCAACGCUCCAACCAACAGCUGCAGCAGCAAAUUAAUACAUCCACCCAGCAAACGAGGGAGAUGAUACAGCAGACAUUAGCAGCCAUCGUAGACGCUAUAAAACUGGAUGACAUUGAACCUUAUCAUAGUGAUAGGUCAAAUCCAUAUUUUGAAUAUCUUCAGAUCAGGAAAAAGAUUGAGGAAAAGCGGAAAAUUCUCUGCUAUAUCACUCCUCAGGCUCCCCAGUGUUAUGCUGAAUAUGUCACUUACACGGGUUCUUACCUGUUGGAUGGCAAGCCUCUCAGCAAGCUUCACAUUCCAGUGAUUGCCCCACCGCCAUCUCUGGCAGAACCACUGAAGGAAUUAUUUAAGCAGCAGGAGACUGUGAGGGGGAAACUGCGUCUCCAGCACAGCAUAGAGCGGGAAAAGCUUAUUGUUUCCUGUGAACAGGAGAUCUUGCGGGUUCACUGCCGAGCAGCACGGACAAUAGCUAACCAGGCUGUCCCGUUCAGUGCCUGUACGAUGCUGCUGGACUCUGAAGUCUACAACAUGCCCCUGGAAAGUCAGGGGGAUGAAAAUAAGUCAGUGAGAGAUCGUUUCAAUGCUCGACAAUUCAUUUCCUGGUUACAGGAUGUGGAUGACAAAUACGACCGGAUGAAGACAUGUCUGUUGAUGCGGCAGCAACACGAAGCGGCAGCUCUCAAUGCGGUGCAAAGGAUGGAGUGGCAACUGAAGGUCCAGGAGCUGGAUCCCGCAGGGCACAAGUCUCUCUGCGUGAACGAGGUGCCGUCCUUCUAUGUGCCAAUGGUCGAUGUCAACGAUGACUUUGUGCUCUUGCCAGCAUGACAAGACCAGAUCCCAAGACAGUCCUACAGGAAACUGGCAAUGGCGGGAGCCCUUCUGAACGAAUGGCUGAGCUCCUGUUCAUCCCGAAUGCUUGUUGAUGAAUCCCUGGGUCGGAAGGAAGAAGCAUCUCUCAGGGGGGUGGGGGACAGGGAGCGAGAGAACAGUUGCACUUUCUUCACAAUAUAUCCAUCACUUCUGGACUGAUGGCAGGCCCCCAGCCACAGAAGUGGGAAACGCAUCUCUUGUAUAAACCAGGUGCUUCAGCGGAGGGUGAAAAGCUUGCACACUACGUGGUCUGACCAGAUAGCAACGCCGCUGGAGGCCUGCACGGGCUCGAGGGCGCCCUGCCACCAUCUGCCGAGCAGGGGCCAGCAGCCGUGGGGGUUUCCAUCUUUGUGGAGACGGCGAUUUUCAAUCUGUGUUUUCCAUUCAGCUGCAGAUUCAUUUCAGAGAAGUUGCAGAAGAGAAUUCAUUUUUUUUUAAGUUUCUUGUUCCAUCCGGAUCUAAUAGAAAAAAAUAAAGUAAAAGGCACCACACCCGCCUUUCACGGACAAAGGUAUAAUGGGGUGGAGCCGAUGGACUUCCAAGUCUAAGGAUGCUUUCCAGCUAAAAUCCCAGGGCAGCCACCGGUCCCCAUUUCUUCAGACAGCUGGGCUGUGGACGCUUGUGUUUAGCGAGGGCCCAGGCGGCGCCAUCUGACCCCUGCAGAAGGCGCGGGGCAUGUGGUGACCCAGAGCUAGGACUCUGCCAAUUGUGUUUUUAAUGGAGUCAAAUCCAUGUGGUUUAUAUAUUUUUUCCUUUAAUCUUGGGCAUUUUGUUUCUCUUUCUGAGAACAUAACUUGAAACACUACAGAGCCAAUACUCAUAUAAAAAUGUAUCCCAUAAAUGCUGUACAGUUUUUAUAUACAUUAACAAUGUACUUUUGCUGCCUUCUAGAUAAUUUAUUUUGCAACACAUUACUGCACAGUUGUAAAUAACUUAUGUACUGUAACAUCACUUUCAGUUAUGUGUAAAGAAAUAAAUAAAUUAAUUAAAAUUAUCUUUGUAUAUGUAUAGUUCACAUUAGGCAGCACUUUCCCUUUCAAGGAAACAGAAGGGCCAAAAUGGCGUGCAACAUUCAGUAUUCUGAAGCCUGUCUUCUAACCAAAAGAAAGACAAGAUAACUCCACUUAGAAAUUUGCAUUCUUCACUUUCUCAAAACUUUUAACCCUUCUCCCUUUCCCUCCUUCCCUCCCCACCCCCCCUAACCCCCCUUUCUUCCCCGUCCUUUUAAGUUAGGACAAGUAGCAAAACUACCUACCCGCAUGAUCCAGCUGGCAAUCUGUUUCCCUGGGGUUGUGCAGGGUCCUCCUCUCUGUAGGGGGCUGGGGCUGGGAGGAAGAGCUCUGGCUCAGUUCAGAGGGACCUGGAAGAGAAGGCUGUUCUCACUCUUGCUUUAAGAUAAGCUUCCUGCCCUCGGUGGAGGGGGAUUCAUUCACACUUUGCUGUGUAGUGGAGUUGCUAAGCUUCCUUAGACCUGUAGGAAACGGUCUUAUUUUUCUAGUGGAAAAGCUAUUGUUCUGUUAGAAAGCAUGGAAAGUGAUUUAUCACAGGAGGAAAUCUAAGCAUUUUGUGGAAAAGAUGACUUUAAGUUCAGGAUGGGGGGAAUCUGGAGCUCUCUGGCAGGCAAGGACGGUCAUUCCCAGCAUUGUGUUCUCCUCCUUCCUUCCACCGAGAAGCUUGUCUAUUUAAAUGAACUCAAUUCAGACUAGUGCACAGGAAGUCUGAGAAGUUGACAUUUUUUCCUUUCUAUCCUGCUUCUAUGCCAGGGCCACUAUGGAGAAUGGGAAGGAGGACCUCACAGGAGGUGCUUGUCAUCCCCCCUGACUGAGGAGAACCAUCCGCUAAAUCGUUGGGCCAGUUACUCAAUGUCACCUCGGUUGAGUUCUGUGCCAUUUGCCUAGAAAUUAGACAGUGUGAAGCUUUCUAUUCUAGAAGUUGUUUGGGAGCGAAGGGGAAGGACAGAGAGCCAGGUGGCCUGAGAAAGCAUCUCCUCGCCUUGGCACGUCUCCACGGGAGCUGUUGCCAACCACAGCUCACUGUAAGUGGAACCUUGUAGGUUUCCAUGGUGGAUGUAGGAGACCACCAAGGAUGGCCGGGUGGCGGACAUCAGGUGGUAAAAGGGAGCAAAGGAUUUGGUGGGAAGAGGCAAAAAGUGAAAGAAAGCUUCCUUGGGGAGACCUGCUGUGUGGCAGCACAAGCGUGCCCCUUGAGAUCGUUUCUCAGAGACAGUUUGGUUGGAGAGCACAUGUGAAGGGCUCCCAAGAGCGAGUGGCGAACCGGAGGAGCCAUUAUGCAGAGAUCGGUAGGUUAGGAUUUGGUUUAUGUUGCCUUAAAGGCCCUGUCCUCAGAGCAGUAGUCUGAAGUGCUUAAAUUCAAAGCCAGGAUGAAGGGUAGAAACAGUUUUAGGCGGAAACAGGUUCCAAGUACUUCUCUAACCCUGUCCCCCAUGCUAAAUUUAGGAGAUUGCUAAGGUGAGAGAUCUGCCCCUCUCCCCCCUCCCUCCAGCCUCUUCCAAACGAGCUAGUUGCAUGACAGUUGAGACCCUGGGCCUCCACAAAUGUGCCCAGAAAUGUGUGCAAAGAGACAUUUGGUGCUGUACAAAUGGUGACUUGAAAUUAUUGUUAUGCUGUAUGCUCUUGACUUGUUGAAAAGAAGUCCAACUUUAUCAGCGUUUUAAAAGUGUUUUCAAUUGUUUUAUUUGUCUGGUGUCUUCUCUUCCUGUGCUGAUGUCCCUGAAUGCAAAUGAGGAGGAGGAAGUCUGGCUUUGUCCAUGGGAGAAACAGAUGGAGUCCUUCCUCUAACCAGUUGCCUCUCCUUCUUCCCUUCCACCCCUACCCUGGGGGUCUAGGAGUCACAUCCUUGUUGGGAAGGAAAAGCGAGGAGCCAAAUGGAGGGUCUGGGGCGGGAGUGCCCAAGAAGCGCCCUAUGUUCAGACCAGCUCUUCCCAAAGGAAGAGUCAGCAUCAACUGCCAGGCGCUGUGGGACUUAGGAGGAGUAUUUGGGAGGAGAGGAUUUCUUAAAAGAAUCUUUAGGAUAUUUUUGUAGACUAUUUGAGGCUGGGGGGGUGUUUUGGAUGGGACAGAUGGCAAGUGAAAGGAGACUUCCCUCCCGGGCUCCUCUGUUCAUUAUCAGCAAUCAAGUGGCCGCCUGAUUUUGUGCCUCCAUGCCCUGCCCUUAGAAAGAACAGAGGGGGGCUUCAGAUUUCCAGGCCCUCGGCAGGAGGCCGAGGGCUACUUCGCAAGUCCACGGCCAGCCUAGCGGCUAACAGCCAGGGCAGUGACGAACAGACUUACUGCUUUUGUGUACGGUGAGCAGUUUGCUAUGAAUUUUCUCUGACUUUGAUUUUUCUUCUGGACAUCUAGUUGCCCCCACAGGCAUGUUCUGUUCAUGGGUGCUACGUGCAGCCCCCCCUUCCCUUACGCCCCUGACCUUGUUCAAGUGCACAGUGAGGAUGCGCUUCUGGGUGCUCGCGGUGGAAUGUUGACCAGGCCCCCUCACGCCAGUAUUUUUGAGCUUUAUGGAUGUAUUACAAAUGUUUUAAACUCUUCAGAUCCUCAUCCACCCACAUUACUCUCUUCUCCCUCCCAUGUCCUCUCCUCCCCCCCCUCCCCCACUCCUUUUUUCUUUUAAUCUCAGUUAAAUUCAGAGGCUGGUUUUCCUCACUGUGGAAGGGCCAGCAGAGAUUUAUUUCCAGGGGUGAAGAGAGAAGGGAGAAGAAACGUCCCAAAAUCUUCAGAAGGAAUGAACUGGGUUAUGUUUUUCUCCCCCUUCUUCCUCCAUUCCCCUUCUCGAAGGGAAAUACCAAAUUAUGGUCAGAUAUCUUUCAAGCCCUGUUUUUUUUUGUUGUUUGUUUUUGUUUUUUUGUUUUUUCCUUUUUGGUUAAAUAACCAUAAAUUAAUCUGUAUAAGCAUGGAGAGUCCUUUUAAUCAACAAUUUCAAGCAACAAUAGCAAAAGUAAUGUAUUACCUUUGACCCAUGUGCUUUGUGGAUUUUCCCCCUGGACAGUGUAAAUUUCCCUCCUUGUAAUGCUUCUGAGUGUACAUAGAUGUAAAUAGCUCACAGGUCAAUUCACACCCUUCUCUUUGUACUAGAUCCAUUUGCGUAGAAUGUGGGGUUAAAACAGCAGCGAGAGUGCAUUGUCUGUAAUGUAACAAUGUAAUUUUUUUUUUACAAUGUAGUUUGUGUACAUAUUGUUUGGCAGUGCUGGUGCUGCCCCGGCGCAGCUCUGCCGCUACAGUACUGUCAUUAGCUGUACAACUUCCUGCAGAAAGAGACAAAGUGAAUACAAAUGUUAUUUUCUACAGUUGCAUGUACAGAGAUGAGCGCCAGAGACAUGCUGUUGUCCCUCAGAGAUAAUGUUCGUAAAUAAAUUUUAAAAAAAACAA